GUGACAAUUACACGCUGAUUCUUCUCAACCAACCACAAAGACAUUGGCACCCUAUAUCUAGUAUUCGGUGCCUGAGCAGGCAUAGUAGGCAUAGCCCUGAGCCUAUUAAUUCGAGCCGAACUCUGCCAGCCCGGCUCCCUCCUAGGGGAUGACCAAAUCUACAAUGUUAUUGUAACAGCGCAUGCAUUUAUUAUAAUCUUCUUUAUAGUAAUACCUAUCAUAAUCGGGGGCUUUGGAAACUGGUUAGUCCCACUAAUAAUCGGGGCCCCAGACAUAGCCUUUCCCCGAAUAAACAACAUAAGCUUUUGACUCCUCCCCCCCUCUUUUCUAUUACUCUUAGCCUCCGCCGGCAUUGAAGCCGGGGCGGGAACAGGUUGAACUGUCUACCCCCCUCUCGCUGGAAACCUUGCUCACGCAGGCGCCUCUGUUGACCUUACAAUCUUCUCCUUACACCUAGCAGGUGUUUCUUCAAUUCUUGGGGCCAUCAACUUUAUCACAACCAUCAUCAACAUAAAACCUCCCGCAAUUUCUCAGUAUCAAACCCCCCUAUUCGUAUGAUCUGUCAUAAUCACAGCCAUUCUUCUCCUUCUAUCGCUCCCUGUGCUAGCAGCCGGAAUUACAAUAUUACUAACGGACCGAAACCUUAACACAACUUUCUUUGACCCUGCUGGAGGGGGGGACCCCAUCCUGUACCAACACCUAUUCUGAUUCUUCGGCCACCCUGAAGUAUAUAUCUUGAUUCUUCCAGGCUUUGGAAUAAUCUCUCAUAUCGUUACCUUUUAUGCUGGUAAAAAAGAACCUUUCGGCUAUAUAGGGAUAGUGUGAGCAAUAAUAGCCAUUGGCCUACUAGGCUUUAUUGUUUGAGCUCAUCAUAUAUUCACAGUCGGGAUAGACGUUGACACACGAGCCUACUUUACCUCCGCUACAAUAAUUAUCGCAAUUCCUACCGGGGUAAAAGUCUUUAGCUGACUUGCUACCCUCCACGGGGGACAAAUCAAAUGAGAAACCCCCCUCCUCUGAGCUUUAGGUUUUAUUUUCCUCUUCACAAUAGGAGGCCUAACAGGUGUUGUCUUAGCCAACUCUUCACUAGACAUUAUACUUCAUGACACCUAUUAUGUAGUAGCCCACUUCCAUUAUGUAUUAUCAAUAGGCGCCGUAUUUGCAAUCUUUGCUGCCUUCGCACACUGAUUCCCCCUGUUCUCAGGCUACACCCUCCAUAACGUCUGAACAAAAAUCCACUUCGGCGUAAUGUUCGUUGGUGUCAACCUCACUUUCUUCCCUCAACACUUCCUGGGCCUAGCAGGCAUGCCCCGACGAUACUCAGACUACCCUGAUGCCUACACCUUCUGAAAUACGAUCUCCUCUUUUGGGUCCCUAAUCUCCCUCGUUGCUGUUAUCAUGUUUCUAUUAAUUAUCUGAGAAGCCUUUGCCGCUAAACGUGAAGUCCUUUCUAUCUCACACACUACAACCAAUCUUGAAUGAUUGCACGGCUGCCCUCCCCCCUACCACACAUUUGAAGAGCCCGCCUUCGUACAAGUUAACCACCACCGAGAAAGG